UAGGCUUUGUUGCAGAAGAGACGUUUGCAAAGAGGACGCAGAAGAAGAAUGGCUGUUCCUCACGCUCUGGUCGUCCCUUUCUGUGGGCAAGGCCACGUAGCAGCUCUCAUGGAGCUCUCUCAUCACCUGGCCGAUCAUGGUGUUCUUGUUACCUUCGUCUACACUGAGUACACACACAGACAAGUGAAGGCAGCACUGCCUGAAAACUUUAGCAGCGACUACGCCGGAAGAAUCCGGCUGGUAACCAUACCUGACGGCUUAUCCACAGAUGACGACCGCAAAGAUGCCUGCAAACUCUUGUCUAGCUCAAUGAACGCCAUUCCGAGUUUCAUGGAGGAGCUCGUACUGAAGAUCAAUGAGAAGGAUGAAGAGAAGAUUACGUUUGUAAUUGCCGAUGGGGCAAUGGGUUUUCUGUUUGAUGUUGCCGAGAAGCUCAACCUUCCGAGAGCUGCCGUCUGGACUGCCUCAACCUGGACACUGGCCACUCUCCUCAACAUUCCAAUGCUUAUUGAAGAUGGAGUCAUCGAUGAAAAUGGUUUUCAAACAGGUGACAAGAUGGUUCAGCUUUCCGAAGGAGUACCUGCCUUCCGGUCAGCUCACCUGUUAUGGUUGCCCUUUGAAGACACCAAAAUCACAGAGAUUUUCUUCAAGUGCGUUGAGAAGUCCAGCGAGUCCAUGAAAGGCAUAAGUCACGUACUCUGCAACACAUUUGAGGAGCUCGAGUCGCCAUUUCUUGAUCUCAUCAACAAUGCAAUUCCAAUCGGUCCUCUUCUUCCAGCCAACAAAGCCAAGCACCAACCAUCUUCAAUCUGGGCCGAGGAUUGGAGUUGCAUCGACUGGCUCAAUCAGCAACCCACUUGCUCAGUCAUCUACGUCUCACUGGGAAGCACCACGGUGCUUAGCCAGCACCAACUUGGCGAACUCGCCAUCGGGGUUGAGCUCACCGGCCGGCCAUUCCUCUGGGUCUCUAGACCUGACAUCAUGGGCAGUUUCGGUGGUGCUGCCUAUCCGGAAGGGUUCAUGGAACGGGUUGGAAGGCGUGCACUUAUUGUUGGAUGGGCCCCACAAAAGGAAGUACUCUCUCAUCCCUCGGUUGCCUGUUUCUUGACUCACUGUGGCUGGAACUCGACCAUGGAAGCAGUGAGCAAUGGAGUCCCCAUGUUGUGUUGGCCUUACUUUGGCGACCAGUUUCUUAACCAGACCGCCAUAGUUGAGGUGUGGAAGGUGGGCUUGGAGUUGGAGAAGGAGGAUGACGGGACUGUUGGAAAAGAAGAAAUCAGGGAGAAGCUGGAGUUGGUGAUAAACGAUGAAGGAAUAAGGGAGAGGUUGACCCACUUGGAAGAGAAGGGAAAGAAGGCUACCAUGAAGGGCGGUGCUUCUGCUAGGAAUUUCGAAGGGUUUGUAGACAUGAUGAAAAAGGGGAAAAUGAGCAGUUUGGAGCAUUAAGUUUAUUGUUUGCAAAUAAGUGUGUAUUGUUUUCUUAUGGUAUCUUAACAAGUGCUGUUUCAACUGUAAAAGAUGUGUAUGAUUUCUAUGAUUGUUUAUUAAAACUUGUGUAAUUCUAUGGCUAUAAGCCAAGGUUAAAAUUAAGGACCUGGAUGCUUGGACUCAAAA